UGUAUAGGGUUUGCGAGGAAGUUAUUGCAUUUCGGACUUUGUAAAGUAGCAGCUAUCCAGUGUUAAGUUAUAAGAACUGCGUGAUUCGAUACAUGAGAGUGUCAAAAUGGGUGGUUUUGGAGAAACAAUGUCAAAAAUUACAGCUUGUAUUUGCGCACCAGUGUUCUGUGUUGUCGGUUGCAUUAUGUUCAUGGUUUUGCCGAUUGCAAUGGUGGUUAUAGGAGCAAUACACUUUCACGACUGUCCUAUUCAGCACUACAUACCUAUAUGGCUUAUAGUGGCGGGAUCGCUGGCAUUCCUUACAGGCGGCAGUAACUGUGGUCUAAGUUAUGUAAGACGCAGAAAGAAUGAAGAAAGCGGCAGCGGUGGAAGAACAAUUAUUAAUGUCUGUGGCGGCAUUGUAGCAGUGUUCAAUCUGACUUGGUUCAUUUUAGGAAAUGUCUGGGUGUUCUCUAUUUAUCCUCCGAAUACUGAAACUGAUAUCUACAAAGCAGGGCAUAUCGAAGAAGAGCCGUAUUGCAAUUAUAUAGUAUAUUACUUUGCCUACUGGAUUAUAAUUGUAUCCUACGUAUUGCUGGGAAUAGUCCUUUUGUUUUUAUUCUUAUCGUUUAUUGCUUCUGGUUGUAAAUCGAUAAUAAUGAAUUACGAGGAAGUUUGAACAUUUCUCUAUAAUGGUGCCGCAUCGGUAUGAAAAGUUCUGUACAUUGUCUGAUACAACGUAACUUCUGUCCCACGUUCUUCCUAUGUUACCUAAUAUCUGUUGCUAUGUACAUACGACAUACAGAUAAUCAAAGUAUAAAACCAAUGUGCAAUAUGUAAUAUGUCCAUGUGCAAUUUAUUUUUGUUGUAUAUAUGACAUUAAUUGAAAAUAAAAUUAUACGAUUUCAAUCAGAAUUUAAUU